CGAAAAAAAAGCACACGGUGUGGAAUCGAAGCAUAGAGGAAAAGAGGCAUCUUCUCUGAGCACCAAUGGCACGGUAUCUUCUCCGGCCUCCCACUACCACCGGCGCCGCCGCCGCCGCCUCGUCCCUCCUCUCCUCCUCACGCCGCAGAAAUGGCACCAGCACGCCGCGGCCACCGGUUCUUGGCCUCCGCGCGCUCGCCUCCAGGCCCAGCAAGGCCUGCCCCGUGAUGGCGGUGGCGUCGGAGCAGUCCGCCGCGACGGCCAAGUACCCCAAGGUGGCCGCCCCCACCACCGGCCCGAUUCCGGCCGCGGAGCUCCUCGCCGUCAUCCAGGAUGCCGCCAAGGCUGGGGCCGAGGUUAUAAUGGAAGCUGUUAAUAAGCCACGCAAUAUUCACUACAAGGGAGUUGCAGACUUGGUCACAGACACAGACAGAUUGAGUGAGUCAGUCAUUCUGGAAGUUGUGAGGAAGAGCUUCCCAGACCACCUCAUACUAGGGGAGGAAGGUGGACUUAUUGGAGAUGCCUUGUCUGAGUAUCUCUGGUGCAUUGAUCCUUUAGAUGGAACAACAAACUUUGCACAUGGUUACCCUAGCUUUUCUGUAUCCAUCGGAGUUCUGUUUCGCGGAAAACCUGCUGCUUCCACUGUGGUCGAAUUUUGUGGUGGCCCUAUGUGCUGGAGCACUCGUACAAUUUCAGCAUCAUCUGGUGGUGGUGCUUAUUGUAAUGGCCAAAAGAUUCAUGUCAGUCAGACAGACAAGGUGGAACAAUCACUUCUGGUUACUGGUUUUGGAUAUGAACAUGAUGAUGCAUGGCUGACCAACAUAAAUUUGUUCAAGGAAUAUACCGACAUUAGCAGGGGAGUCCGAAGGCUAGGCUCCGCUGCUGCUGACAUGUCCCAUGUUGCCCUAGGCAUUACAGAAGCCUACUGGGAAUACAGACUUAAGCCUUGGGAUAUGGCUGCUGGUGUUCUGAUAGUCGAAGAAGCUGGUGGGGUGGUGUCACGCAUGGAUGGUGGGGAGUUUACUGUCUUUGAUCGUUCCGUCCUUGUUUCCAAUGGUGCUGUUCAUGAUCAGCUUUUGGAUCGGAUUGGCCAUGCCACUGAAGAUCUUAAGAAGAAAGGAAUUGACUUCUCCUUGUGGUUUAAGCCCGAUAAAUACCCUACCGACUUUGCUAUUUCAAAUGCAGCAAAGACUCAAGACUCAGGAGUACAGUGUUCCCUUCACCUUGUGCUUAUUAUGUUAAGGAUAGAGGCUCUGUUGUAUUAUCCUAUCACAAGACCAAGAUGGAAAAUUUAUGCAUGUCAAGAUGCCAUGCAAGAAACUGGUCUGCUUGAUGCAGAGAUUAAUGCUUAUAACUAUAGUGAAAGGAAGAAUAGGAAAUACAACGGCGCCUACAUCGAUAAAGAUGGUGAAUCUAGGACCUUCAAUCGAAAGAAAAUAUCAAGAAAAAGGGGAGGUGCAAUGAGAGGCCGUGGUUGGAAGUAUGGCUCUGGGUUUGUAGAUGGAGUAUUCCCUGUGCUCAGUCCAAUGGCGCAGGAUAUCUUAGAAUUUGUUCAGAAGGGGACAGAUGUUGCAACAAUCUGGGAGUCCUUGGAUAAAAUUCCUUCUACACACAAUCUUUUUGAUGAUCUUGUGAAUGUUGCUGUCCAAUUCCGUCUGAGCAAAAAAUGGGAUAUGGUCAUUUCAGUCUGUGAGUGGAUCUUGUAUAGGAGUUCAUUCCGUCCUGACAUCAUCUGGUACAACUUGCUCAUAGAAUCCUAUGGCCAAAAGCGUCAGCUGAACAAGGCGGAGUCAAUUUACAUGGCUCUCCUGGAGGCUCGGUGUGUGCCAACUGAAGACACUUAUGCUCUUCUCUUGCGUGCUUACUGCAAUGCUGGAUCACUGCACCGAGCAGAAGGCGUGAUCUCCGAGAUGCGGGAACACGGGAUUCCUCCAAGUGCUACCGUGUACAAUGCUUAUCUGGAUGGCUUGUUGAAGGCGAGAUGCACCGAAAAGGCAGUCGAGGUGUAUCAAAGGAUGAAACGAGAACGUUGCAGAACUAACACAGAGACAUACACCUUGAUGAUCAAUGUGUAUGGGAAGUCGAAGCAACCAAUGUCAUCAAUGAAAAUUUUCAACGAGAUGAAGUCGAUUGGAUGUAAGCCUAACAUCUGCACCUACACUGCUCUGGUGAAUGCAUUUGCAAGGGAAGGCCUGUGCGAGAAGGCUGAAGAAGUGUUCGAGGAGAUGCAGCAAGCCGGACACGAGCCUGAUGUGUAUGCUUACAAUGCCCUCAUGGAAGCUUACAGUCGGGCAGGAUUCCCGCAAGGCGCGUCGGAGAUCUUCUCCCUGAUGCAGCACAUGGGGUGUGAGCCUGACAGAGCUUCAUACAACAUCUUGGUUGAUGCUUAUGGAAGAGCCGGCCUCCAUGAAGAUGCGGAGGCUGCAUUCGAGGAGCUGAUGCAGCAGGGGAUGGCGCCGACGAUGAAGUCGCACAUGCUGCUGCUGGCGGCGCACGCCAAGUCCGGCAACGUCGCGAGGUGCGAGGAGGUGAUGGCGCAGCUGCACAAGUCCGGCCUGACGCCGGACACCUUCGCGCUCAACGCCAUGCUCAACGCCUACGGCCGCGCAGGGCGGCUCGACGACAUGGAGCGCCUCCUCGCCGCCAUGGAGCGGCGCGGCCGCGUCGCCGGCGCCGGCGCCGGAGGCACCGACGUGAGCACGUACAACGUGGUGGUGAACGUGUACGGGCGCGCGGGCUACCUGGACAGGAUGGAGGCGGCGUUCGCGUCGCUGCCGGCGAGGGGGCUCGCCGCCGACGUGGUGACGUGGACGUCGCGGAUGGGCGCGUACGCGCGGAAGAAGGACUACGCGAGGUGCCUGGAGAUCUUCGAGGAGAUGGUGGACGCCGGUUGCUACCCGGACGCCGGCACGGCGAGGGUGCUGCUCGCGGCGUGCUCCGACGAGCGGCAGGUGGAGCAGGUCACCGCCAUCGUCAGGUCCAUGCACAAGGAGGCCAAGACGCUCUUCACCGUAUAACAAACACUUUGCGUUACAUGUAUAAUACUGUACAUUUUUGCGUCACGUGUAUAAUACUGUAUGGUAAUACCUCCUGUUCUUCUUAAAUAGAUUCCAUCGUUGACUUUUAGAUAUGUAUUUGACUAUUUGUUUUAUUGGAAUUUAAGAUAAA